AUGGGCUCCUCACAACCAUCACCCCUCGGGGAAGACUUGGAUGCUCUCUGCACAACCCUGCAGUCCAUCCUGCCCCGCCUCCUCACCGCAACUCACAACGUCAAGAACCAGCCACUAUUCAAGGUCGCCCAAAAAUCCGAUUAUGCGCACUUGCGUCAACUCAGCACGCCGGGGCCGCCCAGCGAUAUCAACCAGGUCAUUGACGAUGCGUUCGCCAUUGCCGAUUUCCGCGCGCGGAUGAGCCAUCCACGGGCCAUGGCAUUUAUCCCGUCGCCAGUAUCCCCGUAUGCUUGGCUUGGCGAUGUCUUGGCCAGUGCCUUCAACACGUUCGCCGGGUCUCGGUUGCAAGGUUCCGGCUCGAGCAUCGUGGAGAAGACAAUGAUUGACUGGCUUGCGGCCAAGGUCGGGUUGCCAGAGACGACUGCCGGCGGCGUCUUCGUUUCCGGGGGUUCCAUGGGCAACCUCUUGGCCAUGGCACUGGCAAGAGAUCACCGGCUCCCACGUGGACAGCAGUCUUCUGGGGUCAUCUAUGUCUCCGAGCAGACGCAUCACUCUGUUAGCAAGGGCCUCCGCAUCCUUGGCUUUCACAGCUCUCAAAUUCAUCAAGUUCCAUCCGAUGAAACCUUCAGGCUGGAUCCUGUCAAGUUAGCCCAGGCGAUACAGGCCGAUCGUGAUGCCGGACUCGCCCCAUUUGUCGUUGUCGCUUCCUGCGGCACGACGAACACGGGUGCCAUCGACCCCCUGGCCGAGAUCGCGGAGUUGUGCAAGAGGAAAGGCAUAUGGCUACAUGUGGAUGGAGCCUACGGAGCGUCUGCAUCUCUGUCCGCUACGCACAGUCACUUGACGGCGGGGCUUUGUCACGCGGACAGCAUCUCCUGGGAUGCACACAAGUGGCUGUUCCAGACGUACAACUGCGGUAUCUUACUUGUUAGGGACAAGACAACGCUGCUCGAGAGCUUCGCGUCACAGGGUGACUACCUCCGCGAUGCGUUGGCAGACGACGAAGUGCCCAACUUCUGGGACUGCGGCCUCGAGCUCACGCGAGGGGACCGCGCGACAAGGUUGUGGUUCACCCUCCGAGUGCUCGGGGAGAAGCGCUUCGGUGAGAUGAUAGACCACGGGUUCUCUCUGGCAGAGGCAGCGGAGGAGGAACUGGGCAAGUUGCCAGACUGGGAAAUUGUGAGCCCAGCCAGCAUGGCUAUUCUCGCUUUCCGCUUCGCGCCGAGUGACACAGCGGACGCUGAGCGGAACGAGCUAAACGUUGCCAUCUCUAAGCGCCUUGUCGCCGAGAAUACUGCGGGGAUACUCACGACAAAGCUGCGCGGAGUAGUUGUCAUGCGGCUGUGUGCCAUUAGUCCCUCCCUGGGUGUGGACGAGAUGCGAGGUAUCGUGCGAGAGAUGGACAGACUGGCUAGGCAAGUGUGCUGCAAACCUUGGAAUCCAUGA